AGGUGGAACAAGUGUCAAUUGUAGUAUUGUGGCCAACUAGUGAAAAAUUAUCAGGUGCAAUAAUGUUCUGCAGUAAAAAGAGACCACGUGAAGUGCAACGGAUAGUGAAAGCCAAUGACCGUGAAUAUAAUGAAAAGUUCCGAUAUGCGGAUAAUCGUAUCCACACAUCCAAGUACAACAUUCUUACCUUCUUGCCAAUUAAUUUAUUUGAACAGUUCCAAAGACUGGCAAAUGCCUAUUUCCUUGUCCUUCUGAUUUUACAGCUGAUUCCAGAUAUCUCCUCCUUGGCCUGGCUUACUACCGUUGUGCCUUUGGUCCUGGUGAUAACUAUGACAGCUGUCAAAGAUGCCAUGGAUGACUAUCUUCGGCACAAGACUGAUAAUCAAGUGAAUAAUCGGAAAUCUGAAGUGCUCAUCGACAGCAAACUCAAGAAUGAAAAGUGGAUGAAUGUCAAAGUAGGAGACAUCAUUAAAUUAGAAAAUAACCAAUUUGUUGCCGCUGAUCUGCUUCUACUGUCAAGUAGUGAGCCACAUGGCCUCUGUUAUAUUGAAACUGCUGAGCUCGACGGGGAAACCAACAUUAAAGUCCGUCAUGCACUAUCAGUUACCUCCGAACUCGGAGAAGAAAUGAACAGACUUGCAAAGUUUGAUGGGAUUGUUGUCUGCGAGGCACCAAACAACAAAUUACAUAAAUUCACGGGUGUCCUCUCUUGGAAGGACAGCAAGCACAACCUCAACAAUGAGAAGAUGAUCCUGAGGGGCUGUGUCCUGAGAAACACCAGCUGGUGUUUCGGAAUGGUUAUUUUUGCAGGUCCUGACACCAAACUAAUGCAGAACAGUGGUAAAACAAAGCUUAAAAGGACAAACAUUGACAAGUUGCUGCAUACUCUAGUAUUGUGGAUUUUUGGGUUUCUUGUAUGCUUGGGGAUUAUUCCUGCAAUAGGAAACUCAAUCUGGGAGACUAAAGUCGGGGACAAAUUCAGCAUUUUCCUCCAGAGAAGGGACUCUGUGAUCUCAGGAGUCUUAACAUUCUGGUCAUAUAUUAUUAUUCUCAACACAGUUGUACCCAUUUCAUUAUAUGUGAGUAUGGAAGUAAUUCGUCUGGGACACAGCUAUUUUAUAAACUGGGAUCAGAAGAUGUAUUACUCUGGGAAAGCGACACCUGCUGAAGUUCGGACGACCACACUCAAUGAGGAACUGGGCCAGAUCGAAUAUGUUUUCUCUGACAAAACAGGCACCCUCACUCAAAACAUCAUGACUUUUAAAAAAUGUUCCAUUAAUGGAAAAAUCUAUGGUGAAGCACAGGAUGACCUGGGUCAGAAAACAAACAUGACUAAGAAAAAAGAGCCUGUGGAUUUCUCAUUCAACCCUCAAGCAGACAGAACAUUUCAGUUUUUUGACCAGCAUCUGAUCGAAUCUGUUAAACUAGGUGAUCCUGAAGUGCAUGAAUUUCUUAGGUUACUUGCUCUCUGCCACACAGUAAUGUCGGAGGAAGAUAGUGCAGGACAGCUGACUUACAAAGUUCAGUCACCUGAUGAAGGAGCUCUAGUGACUGCUGCAAGAAAUUUUGGGUUCAUUUUUAAGUCUCGAACCCCAGAGACUAUAACAAUAGAAGAAUUAGGAACACUAGUUACUUAUCAAUUGCUUGCCUUUUUGGAUUUUAACAAUAUCAGAAAAAGGAUGUCUGUUAUAGUUCGAAAUCCUGAAGGACGGAUAAAACUUUACUCCAAAGGAGCAGAUACGAUUCUGUUUGAAAAACUUCAUCCAUCCAAUCACGACCUUCUGACUUUGACAUCAGAUCACCUUAGUGAGUUUGCAGGGGAAGGCCUUCGAACCUUGGCCAUCGCAUACAGAGACCUGGAUGACAAGUACUUUAAAGAGUGGCAUAAAAUGCUGGAAGAUGCAAAUGCUGCCACAGAUAAGAGGGAUGAACAGAUAGCAGGACUGUAUGAAGAAAUUGAAAGGGAUUUGAUGCUACUAGGUGCUACUGCUGUAGAAGAUAAGUUACAAGAGGGUGUUAUUGAAACAGUUACAAGUUUAUCACUAGCCAAUGUUAAGAUCUGGCUCCUCACAGGAGACAAACAAGAAACUGCCAUCAACAUUGGCUAUGCCUGCAACAUGCUGACCAAUGACAUGAAUGAUGUGUUUGUUAUAGCAGGGAACACAGUGGUGGAGGUCAGAGAAGAACUCAGGAAAGCAAAGGAAAAUUUGUUUGGAGAAAACAGAAGUUUUUCCAAUGGCCAUGUAGUUUCUGAAAAAAGGCAGCAGCUGGAGCUGGACUCAGUUGUAGAAGAAACCAUAACAGGAGAUUAUGCCUUAAUCAUAAAUGGUCACAGUUUGGCUCAUGCCCUAGAAAGCGACAUCAAGAAAGAUCUCCUAGAACUUGCCUGCAUGUGCAAAACUGUGGUUUGUUGCCGAGUCACCGCACUCCAGAAAGCACAGGUAGUAGAGCUGGUGAAGAAGCACAGGAAAGCUGUCACUUUGGCCAUCGGUGAUGGAGCCAAUGAUGUCAGCAUGAUCAAAAGUGCUCACAUUGGCAUUGGCAUCAGCGGCCAGGAUGGACUCCAAGCUGUUUUAGCCAGCGACUACUCAUUUGCACAGUUUAGAUACCUCCAAAGGCUUCUCUUCGUUCACGGACGGUGGUCUUAUUACCGAAUGUGCAAAUUCUUACGCUAUUUCUUCUAUAAGAAUUUUGCAUUCACACUUGUGCAUUUCUGGUUUGGUUUCUUCUGUGGUUUCUCAGCCCAGACAGUUUAUGACCAGUGGUUCAUUACUCUUUUUAACAUUGUCUAUACAUCACUGCCUGUUCUAGCCAUGGGGAUUUUUGACCAGGAUGUGAGUGAACAGAGCAGCAUGGACUACCCUCAGCUCUAUGAACCUGGACAACUGAAUCUAUUUUUUAACAAGCGUGAAUUUUUCAUCUGUAUUGCACAUGGAAUCUACACAUCAUUGGUGCUUUUCUUCAUCCCCUAUGGGGCCUUUUACAACUUGACUGGAGAAGACGGGGAACACAUUGAUGACUACCAGUCUUUUGCAGUUACUAUGGCCACAUCUUUGAUCAUUGUGGUCAGUGUACAGAUAGCCUUGGACACCAGUUACUGGACUGUCAUUAAUCAUGUCUUCAUCUGGGGCAGCAUCGCCACUUAUUUCUUCAUUUUAUUUACAUUGCAUAGUAAUGACAUCUUUGGCAUCUUUCCAAAUCAGUUUCCAUUUGUUGGAAGCACACAGCAUUCUUUGGCCCAGAAGUGCAUCUGGCUUAUUAUUCUCUUAACGACGGUGACUUCAGUUAUGCCUGUGGUGACAUUCAGAUUUUUGAAGGCUGAUUUAUUCCCAACUCUGAGUGAUCAGAUCCGCCAGAGGCAGAAAGCUCAAAGGAAGUCCAGGCCCCUCCGUAGCCGAAGGCCUCAGACUCGUAGAUCGAGCUCAAGAAGAUCUGGAUAUGCUUUUGCUCACCAAGAGGGCUAUGGAGAGCUUAUCACAUCUGGAAAAAAUAUGCGAGCUAAACAUCCACCCCCAACAUAAGGAUUGGAAAAGACAAUGUAUAAUAGCACUAGCUGGGUUGAAAAUUUAUGUAAGAAAACCACAGACACAGUGAGCAACUUUAGCCAGGAUGAAACAGUGAAAAUGUGAGUCAAGAAGAAUUUGAACCACACAGUUAUCUUUUCACUUCAGCUGCAGCUGAAAUUCAACUGGCUCCAAAGUUGGGGAUCAGAGGUGAGGAGUGGGAUGGAUUGCCUCACUUAAUUUAAAUCUGUGGCUGACAACUGCUCGUGCCCAUCAAAUAGGGGUGCACUCUAUGGAAAACCAUGCCAGAUGGUGGUUGUCUAACUUGUGGUUUGGUGAACAAAACAUUCACGAUACAAGCAGAAGCUUAUAAUAACCUAGAUACCAAGCGGCACCAAUUGGCCUGAACUUCAGAAUCUUAUUUAUACAGAAAAAAACUGUAAAUCUGUAUUUACAGAUUGACUGGUUCUUCAGGUGGAUAAAGAGAUAUAUUCAAAAGGUAUAUAUUCCAGUUGCAUUUUAUUCUUGUUGCCAGAUAAACACAUAUAUGUGAGAUCAGUCUUUCUUCAGGUACCCUUUGAAGAUUUUAAAUCUUUCAGAUGAAGAGUAGUUCCCACUGUCUAGGCUUGUUUUCCUGGUGUGUUGAGCCAAGAAAACAAAUCACUUUCAUGAAGAAUAGACAAGUAUGUUGGUGCUUCUCAUUGUUCUACCAUGUUCUACCAGACAAAGUAGAUUGAACAUCUUUAUGUGGAAUAGACUGAUAAUGUGUUCAAAUUUAUUAAAAAAAAACUCUCAGGGACAUGUUUAUGGAAUGUCAAAGACAAGUUGUCUAGUAAGUAUUCUAAAUAAAUUUCAGUGACUUUUAUAACAACCUCAGUAGUAAUCUGCCUUGUGUGAUUCAGACCCAUUAAUGGAAUCAGUAGAUCAUUGGACUAGUUCACACUUAAUGACAGUACUUCAUCUAGUGUAUGAGCAUGUAUUUUGUACAUUUUCUAUUUUAAAAUUUGGUUCAGAUUCGAAACCAAACAAAUUGGCAAACAGUAUGUUCAGAUACUAUUUAAGUACUCGAGUUUAGGUUAUUCAGAACUCACUGCUUUCGAUAUUCACCUAUGAUGCUUAUAACUCAGAUAUAUAAAUACAUGCAGAUGAGGCUGGCUUUUUAGAGAUGUUUCAGUCCAAACUUCCAUCUAUGCUUAAGUCACCAGUGUCAUUCUUAUAAAAGCUUCAGGCAGAUUCAUGUUCAAGCUUCAUUUCUAUCACUUCUUACCUCUAUAAACUUCGGCAGUUAAUGUACUUACUUUGAGACUCUGUAAAAUGAGGAUAUACUACCUACCUCAUGUGGUUGUUAGAAGAUUGUCAAAAUGCAAAUCCUCAAAUCAAUAAAAAUGUAAUUUACAUUGAGUAGACGAUUAGUUAGGUUCCAUUUAACUCAUCAUCAAAAAUAACAGAACAGUUUGAAGACAAUAUGAAGAAGUGGAGUUUAAUCAAUAGAAAAGACUUUGAUAAAAUGAUAUUCCAAGCUAGAUAAAAAACGAGUUAAGUCUUAGAGGGAAAUGAAACUUGGAGAUAAAUUUCUCUGUCAUAGGCAAAAAUAAAUCAUCAUCAUGCCUUACCAAUUUUCUAUAAAUGAACCUCUGACUUUACAUAGUUUUUAAUCUUGUUCCUACUAAAUUAUUAGUCAAGGUUACAUUUCCCAGGACAGCCAAAUGGCCCUUGGGUGGGCAUCAUGGAUAGGGGUUUGCAUGUUAUCAACAGGUCAUGCAAUCUUUUGGAAUGUACUUUAUCUCCAAAUCCAGACUAAUUUUUCCUGAAUGGGAAAUAACAUAAUAAAGUGCUUUAAUAACAGUAAAUGUACAGUAAAUAAAUACUCCCUUUUCCCCUGUGUAGACUCACUCAGAUGUUAGUUUUCAAUGUCUAAUUUGUUAUUAGUUUCAUUGAGCUUGUUCACUUCUUGUAACAUUUUGAAAGAGCUGAAGACUUACAGUAAA